AUGGAGCUGACCGUGCCAUGGGAGGACCGCUUGGGAGAAGCCCACGAAAGAAAGAUGACCAAAUAUGAACAGCUGGUCACAGACUGCCGAGCACAGGGCUGGAAGGCGAGAUGCAUGCCCAUCGAGGUUGGCUGCAGAGGUUUUGUGGGGCGUUCUCUCCACAAAGCCUUUACCACGUUGGGCAUCGCAGGAAUAGCAAGGAGCAGGGCCAUCAAGAACACCACCGACGCAGCCGAGAAAGCUUCAAGAUGGCUCUGGAUCCGUAGAGAAGCACCAUGGCGCUCCAGUAACAUGCACUUCCACGUGUAUGAUCGGAAAACUCUGCUCACUUACCGGAAAAAAAAAAAAUCACCACUGGAGAAGACGGUCCGGGAGACCCUCUUGGACCCUGCGGGAGCUUCACCUGCUACACGAAGCGGGCUGCGGGUCCUCGGAGUAGCGUGGCGUCGCCGGCUGGCGGAAGUGCACCCGAAAACGGUGGUGAGGGUACUACAAGAGCUAAUCCGAAGCGACCCGCUCUCUCUUCCAUUCUGCUCGCAAACAUACGGUCGCUGGACAGCAAAGUACAUUACACGGAAGGAUGUGAAAUACUGCUGCGUGCUUAUUUUCACGGAAACGUGGCUACACGACGGCAUUAUGGACUCGGCAGUACAGCUAGUCAGCCGCUCAUUGUUCCGUAUGGACAGAGUCAGCAAGAAGUGCGGUAAGAAACGAGGCGGUGGAGAGUUCAAUUCCGUUGUUUUGCUGGCUGUUUAUCUAACACCUAGCGCAAAUGCUAACCAGGCGCUAGCGGAGCUGUACGACUCCGUGAACAACCUGCAAACUGCCCACCCUGAAGGGUUUUUCAUAAUCGCAGGCGACUUCAACCAGGCCAAUUUUAAAACAAAAUUUGAGAGAUCUAUCUUAAGCUGAGUUUUGUACCUUACUACAGUUCCCCCAUCCAAGCUCAUCAUUGAGGUUAACACAGAGGAACCUUGGAUAGCAGGACAGGAGUAUAUUGUUACCUGCACUGCCAAGGAUGCCAAGCCAGCUGCUGAUGUCACCCUGUUCAAGGAUGGAGUGGAGAUGACUGGAGCAGAUUCUGUCACCAUGUCUGGCUCAGAGAAUAAGUUGGAGAAUACAGAGGCCAUGGUGAAGUUUGUUGCCCAGAGCUCAGACAACGGACGGCAGGUGGUGUGUCGAGUGAAGCAUCCCGUCUUAUCACAUUCCCUGGAGACCUCCAUCAUCAUGAAUGUAUACUUCCCCCCUCAGCCUCCAGUGUUAGAGGGACUGGACACAGAAACAGUGCCAGCUGGGACCAGUCUUAAACUGGUGUGCAUUUCCCAUGGAGGAAACCCACUAGCCAUGCUGCACUGGACGAAGAAUGGGGAAGUAUUAUCCACCAGCUGGGAAGUCGACACGUUCUCUCGCAAGGCUAGCAGCAUCCUAACGCUGCAGGUGAAACCGGAGGAUAACCACGCCGAGCUCAGCUGUGAGAGUGUCAACCAGGUGUCCCCACAGCCUUUUGUGCUGCUCCGCAGACUUAUUGUCCUGUUUGAGCCAGCAGAGGUGAAGGUACUGGGAUCUUCCAAGGCAAUAGCUGGCAAAACAGUGACCUUGUCCUGCUACACAACGUCCAGUAACCCGGCAGUUAAUAUCCGCUGGUGGCUGGGCUUUCGCGAGCUCAAUCAGACUGUGGUCACGUACACUGAGGGAAGUAAUGGGGGCAUGGUGACCAUGUCCAACCUGACCCACACGGUCUCCCAAGAGGAAAACGGGCUGCCGCUUACCUGUGAAGCCUUCAACAGAGGGACCCGCUACUCCAAAAUACUUUCCACCCCCCUGCAAGUGUUCUACCCUCCUCAGAAGGUUUGGAUUGAAGGUCCUCCUGAUGGAGUCCCUCUGCACUCAAGGACUACAGUCAGAUUCAUGUGUUUUUCCACUGGUGGAAACCCCCCUGGCCGCUUGACUUGGCUCAAGGAUGGUAAAGCCAUCCGGGACCCCGAGAAGCCAGUGAUGUCAGAGAAGGGCGUGUCCCGCGAGCUGAUUCUUGUUCUUCAGCCCAGUGACAACAUGGCCACCUACCGCUGUGACGCCACCAAUGACGCAACAAAAGUUCUUUCAGUCGAGACAAAGCUGCACAUACUUUGUAAGAACAUGUCAAAGAUUGUUUGGAAAGACAAAAAUCAUCGCUAUCACUGGAGAGAGGGCCUGGAGAUCUGGAAUGUGACUAGGAAGGAUGCUGGACAGUACAAUAUCAACUGUAACAAUACAGAGGGACAGAGCAACAUCACCCUCACCUUGGAUGUCCAGUAUGCCCCCAGUGUGAGGAUAGUGACUGAUCCAGUCUAUGUGGAUUUGGGCCAGACAGCUAACCUGGUGUGCAAGGCUGAUGCCAACCCCCUGAUCUUGGGCAUGUUCUCCUGGGAGUGGCUGGGAGAGGAAGAAGAAGAACUUGGUUUGCAGGAUGAAGAUGAAGACACUGGUUGGCUCACCAUUGCCGAGGUUACCCGUUCCCAUAGCGGACGCUAUAAGUGCACAGUAGACAAUGGCAUUGGACCCUCUGCAAGUGCAGAGGUCCAGCUUGUUGUGCGCUUUAAGCCUGAGAUCCAGAAGGGGGUGCAGUGGAGCAAAGUAGCAAGUCGGGGCGAUGGCAGCAGCAAUGCUGAGGUCAUCUGCCAGGCUGAGGGGAUACCGAAAGUCCAUUUAUCUUGGGCCAAAAAUAAUGUGGCUAUGGAUUUUGCUGACCCAAGGUAUGAAGAGCGUACUGUUAGGGAAGGCUGGGUUUACACCAGCACGGUCACCAUAAUCAAUGUCAGCACAGCACUGGACUACGCUGUAUUCACCUGCACUGCCCGCAAUGCCCUGGGAGAGGACCAGCUGGCCGUCCAGCUCCUCAGCACCAGUCACCCUGACCCUCCAUCAGAAUUAAAAUUAGUCAGCGUCACCCACAGCACAGUUACGCUGGAAUGGAACAAAAGCUUUGACGGUGGAUUAGAGCAGAAAUUCCGUGUCAGGUAUCGCUGGCCCGGUUCUGUCAGCUUCCUGUAUGUGGACGUCUUUCCACCAUGGGCUACCACAUUCACAGUCAGUGGCCUGUCUCCUCAGACAGCAUACAGCUUCUCAGUCAAUGCCCUCAAUGCCAUGGGGGAGAGUGGAUAUGCUGAUAAUGAUGCAGUUCUCACAGUCAUCACUAGGGAACAGCAGCCUUCAGAUGAACUGUCCAACAUAGAAGAAGGAACUGUAGAGUCCCAGAGAAUGCCGCUCCAUUGGGUGAUAAUACUGACAGUACUGGGUGGAGUCUUGUUGGUCUUCAACUCAUUGGGCUGCUAUGUAGGUCUGAGGAAGAGAAGGGGGCAUUCCCUCGCAGAGGACAAAAGUAAUUGCUCUGAAGGAUAUAUGAGAACAGGAGUGGGGUCCAUGCUGGCCGAGUUGAAUCGAUAUGAGGGAGGGGAGCUGAUCAACGCAGCUGCCCAGCGCACCUUACUGGUGGACAGUGGCUCGGAACCUGGGAGCACAGUAUAUGAGACCUAUGGAGAUGACCGCAGCCAUAAGUUCUACUUUCCCAUCACCGAUUUUCAGCCUUCGCUGUACUCACAUCCUGAGAGACCAGAGAUGCACAGUGCCAGGUACUCUGUGGGAGCAGAAAGUCAUAACUAUGAGGAAGUGAGGGACUGGAGAAUGUAUGAAGAUUUGGGCAAAGUGUCCCUCCCCCCACCUCAUUUAUUAUCCCCACCCUUCAUGACAGACCAUCACAGGUCUUGGCAGGAGACCAACCUCCAGCAGCCCUACCUCCAGGAGACUUAUCAGAGAAGGAAAGACACAGCUGAUUUGGAGACACAAGACGGAGCAUAUAAUUCAGUAGUGGAGCAUCACCUACAUAACUAUGACUAUGAGCUGCCAUUUGAACUCAGGGGGGAGUUAGUUUGAGAUGAUAUUUGAUUUGACUGUAAACAUCAAAACACCUGCAGGCAAAAGUAAUGUAUGAGUAAAUAAACACUGUCACAGAUUAUUUUUCAUCAAAUCAAUAUUAGGAUAGAAUUUUUUUGUUUUUGACUUUAUGAUUGUUGUUUUUUUAUUACAUUCUAACAACUCAGCAUUGACUGUAUGAUUUCAGAUGUGGGGUGGUGUGUGGUUGGGAAGUCCCAUGGUUAAAAGAGGGAUUUCACUACUGGACCCUUAAGCAAGCCCUAUAGCCACAAUUAUACCAGGAACUGGUAUAAUUGUGUUGCGUUAGACAAAAGUGUCUGCUAAUUAAAUAAAUGUAAAUAAAAUGUAUUGGGCCCACAAUUCACAACAGUUAUGUAACCCCUUUAAAUACACAUUAUUCACAUAAUUAAAAUGUAACAUUUUUUCUAUAUACUAUCAUCUUGUUUAUAGCGGUAUCCCUGUAGCUUCACACCUACCUGCCUGUCAGUUGAAAUAUCAAAAUCCCAGCUUUCUUUGUGAUGUUUGCAUGUAUUCUUCUUGUUCAUACAUGAAUUUCCUCCAAGAACCCUCCAUGUAGUCCCUGGAUAUGCAGUUAUGUUUUCCCUGCCUUGUGCCCUGUGCUUCUUGAGUUAGGCAUCAGGCCUUUACUGGAUAAUCGGAAUGCAGGAAUACAAGAUAUUCCUGCAUUCAAAAGCUGAAUAAUCUUCAUACUGUGAGGGCUUCAACCACACAAAAUGUUCUGCUCUUUCUCCCUGUUGGACUGCUUUGUUAAUAAGUGUGUUUAUAUGCAUCAAUGAGGCGUUUACGUCAAGCUCUCCUGACACAUGCCUGCAGUCAGCGGGUGGGGGGGGUACAAAUUUAAUGACUGGAUGAGCUUGAUGAAGGCCCAGUGUUUACUGAUGGCAGUAAUUUUGUUAAUGUAGGGGACUAACCUUUAAAAUGCUUCACAGAAGAAUUGCAUCACUUUGGGAUAUAUUAGCAAUAAAAUGCAGAAACAAUGCAAUCUGGGCACUAUUUACUAGGGCUGGUUCGAAUACCAUUUUUUGAGCUUCGAGUAUUCGGUAGUGAUCAACAUCGAAUAUUCGAAGCUUCGGUGGGAGGGGGCUGAAAAUAUUCUUAUCUCUAAUAAAGGCAGGAAUCU